UCCUUUUAUGCCCUCGCUUGACUUGGCAGGCCCCUUCCUCGCUCACCAACCCCUUCAUCCUUCCGCGCCCUGGCGGGCCCUCCCGCUGGUGCCAACUCUGAGCUGGCUGUGAAACCAACAGACGCCCAUCGACAGCUUUACCUGCAUCAACAUAUCGUAUUCCAUGGGCCUCUAACCAACGCGCUCAAUCAACGACACCAUGGCAUCCAUGGAGCCUUCCGAGCAAGAGAUCUCGCAGGUCAUCGACUUUGCGAGUCUAAGCCCUGCUGACGAUCGCUUCCUCGUCACCCAGGCUCUCAAGAGCAACAACCGAAAUGUCGAGACUGUCGUCAUGCAGUACUUCGAUAAUCCGGAAAGCUUCCGACAAAAGUACCAGACCACCUGGGAUGACUCCAUGUUUGCGGCCGACCGCGACGGUGCCGAUAACAAUGCUGGCAUAUCCUUCCACAUCGAGUCUCCCGACCCCAAUAGCAUCAUCCAAGGCGUCACUCCCCCGCCAGAUGCAUACCCCCCCGGCGCCCCCUCGAGACCUCCGUCACGAACGAAUAACCGAUCGCCGCUGGGUAGGAUGGUAGACUGGACUGCGUCAACCGCACCCGGUCUUGCCUUCCCCCCAACUUCCCACGAACGUCUAACACUGUCGUCAGGUCUGACAAACAGCCAAGCCCAAGAAGAUGAGGACAUGCAACGAGCACUUCGUGAAUCGGCCCAAGAAGCGGGAAUUAGUAUGGCUCAACCUGAGCCAGCCAUCACAGAACCCUCAGCGUCUGCUCCCCCCAAUUUUGGACCUGCAAACCGAAACGACUAUGACCAAGGCAACUGGGCUAUGGUCCCCGUAGGGCCUUCCGAGACAAAUUUAAGCAGUGCACCCACGCCGUCUUUGAGGAAGAGAACUCCCGGUGCGCCUGCUUUCCUGAUACAAGGAAAUAGCUCGGCCGGAGAUCACCAACUUGGAGGUCUCCUGACUAUUCUCCACGAGAUCCCCUUGGCGCGAAACAUCCUGCUCGAGACUGGCUCCCCGGCGGCAACAUAUGGGCAUAACAGCGAAUGGUGGAAGGGUCAGGAAAUCCUCCCGCCUCACGUCCUAGCCCAGCUACAGACGGGAGAGCUCCAAUGGGGACAACAAGGCCAGGCCAAGACCGACUUGGAGGAGGAAAUCCACCGCUUGAUGGCAUUCCUCGACUCCACCGAUCGCAGCUAUGGCACUAUCAGCGUCUUAGCCGAUCUUAUUCCGUUCUCCAACUUGGGUCCUGAGAAGCAAUUCUAUGAGCAACUUGGAGAGAGGCAGGGCGACAAGAUUCGACCACUCACACAAAUUGCAUCAUUGACUGAAGUUUAUGGCGACAACCUUGGCUACGAGGACGCUAAGUUCGGUCUUCUAGAAAUGGAUCAUAUGCGGAGUGAUUAUGGGAUCAUCAAGACCUUGUACGAGUCGCUCGAUCAUGUCAUGUGGAAUGAUGUGCUAGGGUGGAACGAAGUGCAUGAGUCGUCAAAGAUGGCCAUGUUCAAAGAGUUGGGGGAUGUUUUCGUCAUCAAGAUCAAAGGCGACGGACCCGAGGACUCGAUGGAGAUUCCCGAAGUGUUUUAUCCCGAAAAAUAUAUGACAAGCCGAAAAGAUGAGGCGCGACGGAUACAGAUAGGGUGGUGCAAGUCGAAGAGAGAAAUGACGAAAAUUGUGGAAGAGAGGGACCGCAUCUACCAAUGGCGGGAUAGCUGGACGACUCAAAUGCACGACAAGCGGGAUCUGAUCAAGAAAGCCGCGGACCAGUGGGCAGGAUACAGCACCUAUCUGGAGAGCCUGGCGCGGUUCCAGGCAAUGGAAAAGUCUGGGUUUGACACGAACGAGUACCCCGACUAUCGAGCCGCACCUUGCAACAUGGAUAGCAAGUCAAAAGAGCGACAAGACAAAGUAGAUGAGGUUAUUCGGUUCUCUGAACGUCUACUGGCCGAUCUGGAGACAAGAGUCAAAGGUCUCAACGCCGAGUUAGAGUCUAUCAAAGCUAGACAGCGCUUCUUGGGAAGACUUCUUACUACACCAGACAAACCUGGCCGCCCAAAGCCCAUGACGUGCAACAAGUACCUUCUCCGAGGAGUGGCAACGUCCAGCGAUGUUGUGUACGUCUGUCAACGGGCUGAAGCGGACUUGAUAGAGUUAGGGGAUGGGCCCAGCGAGCCAUCAGAUCAAUGGUGGCGACUGGCUUACACCCCUAAUGAGGAGCAGCCGGUUAAGGCAGAGAAAGUCGAAAUCGAGCGAGUCCUGCGAGACAUGUGGCAGGAAACCAAGACUCCCUUAAUAGUCUAUGCCACCGAGAAGGCCCUUGAUACACCACUAGCAUCACUGACGGGUCCGCUCGAGAGGUUUGUGAAGGCAGAGAACAAGGCAUUCCGCCAAGAGUUGAAUCAGGAGAAGUCGGAUUCAAGCGAAACAAGACGCGCAGCGUUCGUUGACCCUAUUUCACCUUCGAAACGAAAGCACCGCUCGGACAGCGCCGACUCCAUGGAUAGCAACCGCGCCUCUCUAGGAAGUGACGACAGGAACGGAUUCGACAAUCCCUUUGCUGACCAGGAUGAGAGCGUUGGGACCGAGAUGACGGAACUGUCAGGGCGCGUAACCGACUUCGCCCGCAGCGUCAGUAUCGACUCGGUCACGGAGCAGGCCCCAGCGCUCCCAAAUCGACAACCGCCUUCGACGGAGAAUACCUCGGCCACGAUGACGCCGUGCACGGUAACGGCCGAGAUGAUAGAGGAGAGUGAGCGGGGACGCACCCAGGUCGCCGGUACGCACAUCGAUGCGGCUCCUCGGAACGUUACACCAGAAGCAGAGGUACCUCGAAGCCCGGAGAUGCAGGAGCGGGCACGACCACUGUCUUUCAUGGCUCUCUCGAGAACUUCAUCCAAUAAGAAGGAUGUGAUUGAUCUCGUGAAUAUGGAUAUUCCCGAGCACUAAUGAGAGUGUUGAGGAAUGGCGGUUGAGUGCAGCC